UAACCUCGGGCAGCCUGGGAUUUGUAGUUCCUUCCCUUUAGACAUUUGUGUUGGCUGGGCGCUUUAGUUGGCUGGCGAACUACAAUUCCCAGCGUGCCCUGGCGACAGUACCUCGCGCGAUUUGGAUCUGGCUUUCGAGCCGAACUCAGGCACCGGCCGUGGGGGCGGGGAGGGGGCGAAUAGGUCCUAGGGUCUGAGAGUGGGUCGGAGUCCGGGGUGAAGGGUUGCUGGGCGGGAGAGGCACUCUUUUCAGAAGCUGGUGCUUGCUCUUCAGAGCUCGCCCUGACGGAGGGUGGGGCCGAGUUAGGAUUUGCGUCUGGGCUGUCAGUGGUCGUCUUUGACCCCCCGACUCCAACAUGGAGUUCUCGGGAAUGCUAAACGUCCGGCGGGUUUGGCCGGGUUCUAGCGUCACGAGGCCUGGACCCUGAGCUGUGGGGCCGACGUGACGCAGAGGCGCACGUGUGGCAUCCCGUUCCGCUGCCUUCCUGGGCAUCCCGCGUGUCCCAUCUGGCUGGGCGCAGGCGUAGGCGGCUUGGGGCCACUGUCCCAGCCUAGGCUCUAUUCCUACCCCUGACUGGCACCUGCAGAAAUCCCGAGCCCCCUCCUCCUCUUGUGGCCAGACGGUCCAGGCGACCUCCUCCCCGGGGCAGAAGUCGCGUUCUCCUUUGUGCUGCGUUCUAUAGGUUCUGUGCUCUGAGGCCGGAAUAGGCGGGGUGGCGAGGAGCUCUGAUUGCAGUUGGCCAAAAGUUUAGGUUUUUGUGUUCUCACAGCAAAGGUGAAGCUUUUCUUGAAUGGGUAGAUGCUUCAAUGAAUUAAUGAUUCUGUGCUACUAACUAUAGGGGUGGCCAGCAUCGAAAUGUUCAACCUUUUAGUGAUGAGGAUGCAUCGAUUGAAACAAUGAGCCAUUGCAGUGGUUACAGCGAUCCUUCCAGCUUUGCUGAAGAUGGACCAGAAGUCCUUGAUGAGGAAGGAACUCAAGAAGACUUAGAGUACAAAUUGAAGGGAUUCAUUGACCUGACCCUGGAUAAGAGUGCGAAGACCAGGCAGGCAGCUCUUGAAGGUAUUAAAAAUGCACUGGCUUCAAAAAUGCUUUAUGAAUUUAUUCUGGAAAGAAGAAUGACUUUGACUGACAGCAUUGAACGCUGCCUGAAAAAAGGUAAGAGUGAUGAGCAGCGUGCGGCUGCAGCACUAGCAUCUGUUCUGUGUAUUCAGUUGGGCCCUGGGAUCGAAAGUGAAGAAGUUUUGAAAACUCUUGGACCAAUCCUAAAGAAAAUAAUUUGUGAUGGAACAGCUAGUAUCCAGGCUAGGCAAACUUGUGCAACUUGCUUUGGUGUUUGCUGUUUUAUUGCUACAGAUGACAUUACUGAGCUGUAUUCAACUCUGGAAUGUUUGGAAAAUGUCUUCACCAAGUCCUACCUCAAAGAGAAAGACACUAAUGUUAUUUGCAGCACCCCUAAUACAGUGCUUCACAUCAGCUCGCUUCUCGCAUGGACAUUAUUAUUGACCAUAUGCCCGAUCAGUGAAGUGAAGAAAAAGCUUGAGAUGCAUUUCCAUAAACUUCCAAGCCUCCUGUCUUCUGAUGAUGUAAACAUGAGAAUAGCUGCUGGUGAAUCUUUGGCACUUAUGUUUGAAUUGGCCAGAGGGAUGGAGAGUGACUUUUUUUAUGAAGACAUGGAGUCUUUGACUCAGAUGCUUAGGGCUUUGGCUACAGAUGGAAACAAGCACCGUGCCAAAGUGGACAAGAGAAAGCAGCGGUCCGUGUUCAGAGACAUCCUGAGGGCAGUGGAGGAACGGGAUUUUCCAACAGAAACUGUUAAAUUUGGUCCUGAACGUAUGUAUAUUGAUUGCUGGGUCAAAAAACAUACCUAUGACACCUUUAAGGAAGUUCUUGGUUCAGGAAUGCAGUACCAUUUGCAGUCAAAUGAAUUCCUUCGUAAUGUAUUUGAACUUGGACCCCCAGUGAUGCUUGAUGCUGCAACACUUAAAACCAUGAAGAUUUCACGUUUUGAAAGGCAUCUGUAUAAUUCUGCAGCCUUCAAAGCUCGAACAAAAGCUCGAAGCAAAUGUCGAGAUAAGAGAGCAGAUGUUGGAGAAUUCUUCUAGAUUUUUGGCACUUGAAGAUCACUUUCUAAUUUUUUUUUUUUUUUUUGUAAUUUCUAACAUAUUUAAACUAGAGAUCGUUUUUAUCUUGGGUUAACAUAGAUGGCUUUUAUAGCAGGGGUUAUAAUUUAAUGUACAAUAUUGCAAAUGGUGAGUUCUGGUUAUUGAAUAUUCUCUAAAUAUAAUCAGUAAACAUAAAUAAAGUA